GGAAAAUAUCGUAACGUAAUGUUUGUUGUUUCUUGUCUAUCUAGCGUUUCUAGCGUUUGUAGGUAGAUCGAUCUAAUACAAAGUAUUAGAAAACGUUAAUUAAAAAGGAAUUUUAGUCAUUUAAUAUAACUACUUUCAAUAUGAAUGUCUCCGGUUCUUCAUAUUUAAAUCGUUCCAUUAGCUUGGAAAGUAAAAACGUGAAGACAUUUGCUUUACCAGAUAAAUGUUUCGAAAAACGAAUCGCUUGCACGUGGAGAAGUGGAAACAAGUUAACAAUAUAUCCUAGGAGUCAAACUGUGAGCAAAACAACAACUGAUACGAGCGGCGACAAGAUUGUGAACAUUCGACAAGAAGUUUUAUUAUUCACUUCAAUUUUGAGGAAACUUGUCAACGAAUCUAAUGGUACAUACUUGUCCCUACAAAAAGCAGCAGAAACGGCAAAAAAUUCUGACAAUCAAGUGGAGUUUCUAAAGUUAUCCCGGCAAUACCGUUCAGUCAUUCGAGUUUGUAUUGAGAGCCUUCAAGAAGCUGCCGAAAAAGAGUUGAAUGGGAUUGAAAAGAACGCUUUAUUAUCGUACAUAACUAUAUUCUACUCAAUUGAGUGUAUAUGGCAUUUAUGUGAGAUAUUGUAUGUGGAUAUUAUACCUGGUGAUGUAGUUUUGCCAUAUUUGUUAGAGUGGGUGCGAUUCCACUUCCCAUGCCAUGAACAAGUUGCAGCACAGAUGUUGGAGGCAUGCGAGAGGGGUUCGGAAGAACAUCCUGACUAUUGGGACACAGUCGUUGGGAUGGUGGUUCAAGGGCGGGUGGAUGUAGCCCGAGCAUUAUUAAAAUUGCAUUCAGCCACUGAUUCUAAUGAAUUUAAGUUACUGGAUAACUCAUUGCGAACUAUGCCUCUUUAUAGUGUGUAUGGAGGGAUAUCAACAGGGGAGUUCACGAUAUCCUGGAAGCACUGGCAGGCUGAGUGUCGCUCCAAACUCAGUAACAGGACCUUUGCCUCUCAGCCCAAGUUAGAGCUUAUUUUGAGGCUAAUAAUAGGAGACUACAGCGCUUUUGAGUCGAUCCGGGAUAAGUACAACUCCUGGUUCGACAUCCUCGGCGGCUGGGUGAUGUACACGGCGCCCUGGGCGCGCCGCCACGAGCUGUCGGCGGCGGCCGCGGCCUGCGCCGGCAUGCGCGCGCUGCAUCCCUCUCGCACACAUCUAGAUGUCAUGGUGCGAGCUUUGCUUGAUGGUGAUUUGCAUCAGGUGAUAAGUGAAAUCCAGCAGAUAUCCGACAAUGGUUGGUUCGCUACGCAUCUAACAGACAUGCUGUUCCACUGUGGGAAGCUGAAGAUACUGGACAAACAUCAGACUGACGUCACACCCCGCCUCCGCGACAGCCUGAUUCUGGAAUACGGCUGUCUCUUAAUGGAGCACAAAUCUCUAUGGUCUGUUGGCCUGUCCUACUUAGCUUCAUGUCCACCUGAAGGCCUAAAGCGGGCGGAACUUAUGUUGGAACGGUUACCGAUCAAAACUGAAGCGAAAGCUAUGAGAGUGGUGGCAGAAGCGAAGAAAUAUGGACUUCUUGGUGUUGCGCAAUCGGUGAGCUGCGUGGAGAGUGCGCGCGCGCGCAGGGGCGCAGGCGGGGGCGCUGUCGGGGGCGCUGUCGGGGGCGCUGUCGGGGGCGCACGCGGGGGCGCGGGCGCGGCGCUGGCGUGGGCGCUGCGCGCGCGCAGCCCGGCGCUGGCGCAGCGCGCGGCGCACGCGGCGCUCCGAGCCUACACACAGACCGAUGGCAAUGCAUCGUUACCUGCCCCGGAUCUGCUCCUCACGGCUGGAGCGUCCAUGUUACUAUCUGAUUCCCUACUGUUCCUGGGAAAAUACUGUGACUUCCAUAGACUAUACAAGAGCAGAGAGUUUAAGAAAGCGGCGAAAUUGCUCGUGUCUUUGAUCACAUCAAAUAUUGCGCCGGAUUACUUUUGGGAAACCUUACUCCUCGAUGCCCUGCCUUUACUCGAGUCGGACGAGCCGAUCCUAUCAUCAUCAGACACCUUCGAGCUGAUGCAAUGUUUGGAGCUCAAGUCCAAGGAGUUGACUGGAGAGCGAGCGGAUCUCCUGCGGCUGGCAUUAUCCAGAAACUUGGCUAGGACCUUGCUAGAAGACGUGCCGGACCCUAACUAGUGUCAAGUGGGACUGUUAGUGUUAGUAAUAAGCUGUGAUGAUUGAAGAGUAAUGGCCGAUGUACACCGACUUAUGUUGAAGAUGUGCAUGUGAAUUUUUUGUAUGGAAUUGCACCUGGCUGCAAAUAUAUGUAGCUUUGCAUCAUCAUGUGUUACAUGCAUCGGCGUAUAUUACAAUUCCACUGGUCCUAAAUGUAAACAAAGAAAAAAAAAUUCAUAAGUGAUUAAUUUGUAUUUGAAGCUUGUAAGAUAACAGUGUGAUUGAAGCUGAAGUUGGUAAUGUUUUAUUAAUAUUAUAAUCUAAUACAAUUUAGAUAAAUCUGCAUUGAAAAAUACUUUCAUCAAAAUGUAAGUUCUAUAGAAAUGAAAUUCAUUACAUAACCUCAUUAGAAAAUGAGGUAGAAACUAAUAAAUGUUCAUGUUAACAUGAAAAUCUGUGAUUUUUUUGUUACUUGAAUAGGAAUGUGCAUAGGAAACAAAGUUGCCAUUUUUAUAUCACUUUGUACUUGUGAUAAAAAAGCAUGAUUGUUGAAGACUUGUUUUGUUAAUACUUUGUAUGUGAAUGGAUGCAGGAUAACACUUGAGAGAUUGUGAAAUCAAAUAAAACUUAUUUUUAAACUA